AUGAAGAUGUGCAGUGGGGAAUUCCUGCCAGCCUUUGCUAUGAUGCUACUCUCCCUGUAUUUACUACUUAGCUUCACAGAUGGAUUAGUUGAAAGUUGGAACACAUCGAAACAGUUUGCUUCUGAUGGUGACAAUGUCAGCAUUCCUUGUCCGUCUACUAAGAACAAUGACAUAAAUUAUCAGGCCAGAUUAUGGUACAUACAAAUAGAAGGAGGAGAUCUCCAUUUUCUUACGAACUGUUCUAAGAACGCUGGCAAAAACCAGCGCAUCAGUUGUGGGGCUUAUGGAAAGCAAUAUAUACUAAGAAUAUCACCAGUCCGUAAGAAUGAUUCUGGAACAUACUACUGCGUUUCUUCAGUUAAAGACAUUUCAGCUGAGGAUGCAGGAUACAGUCUUCAUGUCAGAGAUCCAGUUAAAUUAGUUAUACUCCAGAACCAAGAAUUCCAUUUUGCAAAAGAUAAUGACAGUGUUGAGAUUCAGUGUCGCUUUCAUGGACAACUGCCUGAAGCCGAAAGACAUCGUUACCUUUCCUGGUACAAGCAAACAAUGAAAGGGCUACUGCUGUUCAUCAGUAACUGUUCCAGUGAGCCCACCGUUCACCAACGCAUCAGCUGCAAAGUUGGCACAAAUGUUUUUUCACUGAAGAUCUCUCCAGCUCAACAGAGUGAUUCUAGAAAGUACUAUUGUGCCUCCUCAUUUCCAUACUAUCUUUCACUCGGAGUGGGAUCCUAUCUGGUAGUCGGAGACACAUUUACCACAAAGACAUCUGUGCUGAUUCUGACUCCACCUUCUGAAACUAUUAUGGCAAGACAUUCUGUACCGUUAGUAUGUCUAGUCACCGGUAUAAGAUCUGCAACAGUCCACAUUUCCUGGAAUGUUUCUGGAAGCCUGAUGGAGGGAUUGCAUUCUUCGGUGAGAGAGAACCAGGAAACCUUCAGUAUCAGGAGUCAGAUUACAAUCCCAGCUGCAGACUGGACCAGUGGAAUUCUGUGCACCUGUCAAGUACAGUUUAACUCUUCAGGAACCCCAAUUCAAAAAACAGUUUCCUUCAAGAGAGUUUACAACAUCGUGAACUACUUUAAGUAA